AUGGCCAAUGCCACCAUCAUAGCCAUGGUGUGGAAGGAUAACCGCCUUCACACACCCAUGUACUUCUUCCUGAGCAACUUCUCAUUCAUGGAGAUCUGGUACACCACAGUCAUUGUGCCCAAGAUGCUGUCCAGCUUCAUGGUGGAGAGGAGCAUCAUAUCUGUGUCAGGCUGCAUCUUCCAAUUCUAUGUCUUCUUCUGCUUGGGAACCACCGAGUGCUUGUUCCUGGGUGUGAUGACUUAUGAUCGCUACAUUGCCAUCUGCUACCUGCUGCGCUACAGGACUCUGAUGAACAAAAAGGUCUGCACCCAGCUGGCUGUUGGCUCUUGGGUGAGUGGUUUCAUUGGCCAUUUGCCCCUCACCAUCUCUACCACUCAGUUCUUCUUCUGCGGCCCCAACAAGAUCAACCACUUCUUCUGCGACCUGGCACCAGUGCUGAACCUCUCAUGCACAGACACCUCAGUCAGCGAGAUGAUAUUCUUCACCUUCGCUUGGGUCAUCAUCCUCUGCUCCUUCCUGCUCACUAUGGUGUCCUAUUGCUACAUCAUCUCCACCAUCUGCAGGAUGCCCUAG